AUGCCCGUGGGUGUGUGCGUCAUCACCGGCUUCCUGGGGAGCGGUAAGACGACGCUGGUGAAUUACGUGUUAAAGGCCGAUCACGGCUAUCGCAUCGCCGUCGUGCUCAAUGAUUUCGGCGCCGAACUGGGCGUGGAGAAGAUGCUCGUGCAGCAGGACGGCGUAGACGGAACGAACGAAUCGCGAACCUUGGUCGAGGACUGGGUCGAACUGAACAACGGAUGCGUGUGCUGCACCGUCAAGGGGACCCUGGUGCAGACAAUCGAGGGAUUGCUCGAGAAGAGACGAGAGAUGGGUGAGAAGUUUGAUUUCAUCUUGCUCGAGACCACCGGGCUCGCCGACCCGGGACCGGUGGCGCGCGAGCUUUGGGUCGACGAUGAGCUCGUGGAGGAGGAUGGGGCGGUGUUAGAUUCUAUUGUGACCUUGGUUGACGCGUCGAACGUCGAGAAACAGCUCGAGGAGAACAAGGAGGCGACGCUACAGGUGGCGUACGCGGAUACCAUUCUGUUGAACAAGUCAGACUUGGUACAGGUGGAGGAUGUGGAGCGAAUCAAGGCCCGCUUGGAGACGAUCAACGCCGAGGCAGAGAUCGUGGUAACGACGCGCUCGAAAGUUGACUUAGGAAUAGUGCUCAAUCAAGGGACCGUGGCCGCGGGUGGACGCGGGAAGAAGCCGGUGUUAAGCGCGUUUGCGGCGGCGCCGCCGAGCGCCGUCUUGAGCUCUGGAGGCGGUUUUUGGGCGAAGGGCGUUGAGAAGAUCGCGCCGUCUAGCGUGCAUGACGCGCAAAUUCGCACUGUGUGCGUCGCCGCGCGCGGCUUCAUGGAAGUAUCGGCCUUUGAGCGUUGGUUUGAGGAUUUGCUCUGGGAGCGCCGAAACGAAGAAGGCGGACCGGACAUUUUGCGCGCCAAGGGCCUGCUAUACACCUCGGGAUCGGACAAACGUCGGGUUUUACAAGCCGUUCGCGAGGUGUACGAAAUCACCGACGGUCCUGUGGAGGAAAAUCUAGAGGAAGCGAUGAAUAAAGUCGUCUUCAUUGGACGCAACCUCGACGAGAAGGCUCUCGCGGCGGGACUCGAGGCGUGCAUAGUCAAGCAAUCUUAG